UCUCUCUCUCUCUCUCUCUCACACGCAGUCACACACACUAGCAAGAAAUUUUACCGCAGAGGGUUUCCUUUUGUCUUUUCUGCUUCUCUCUCAUCCGAGAUUUUUGUUGUUUGAUAAAUAUUAUGGAAGGAGAUUUCCGGUCGGAGGCGCCGCCGUCGGUGGAUGUUGGUUGCUCCGUUGAGUUGAAUCGGUCGAAAUCCGGCGCGUCAGCUUUGACUGCUGAGAAUCGCGAAGAUUUGCAUCGGCCGGCGAAUGGCGACCAAACAUGGACGGAGGAGAAGCACUGCUUAUAUCUCGAAAAUUUGGAAGCUUCAUUUGUUAAACAGCUACAUCAGUCAAUGCGGUUGCGAUCUCAACGCGCAGAUCGGAACAAGAGAGACGGAAAUAUAUCUCAAGUUCGUCCGACCAAUGUUCAUAAUGCAUCUGAGAAGUUAUCUGUUGUGCGCUCUGGAUGUGGAGAAAAGAUCAACUGUAAAAGGGGUUAUCCUCCUUCCCGUGUUUCAGCCGAUUCACCUGAAGUUUGCACGCUUCCCAGUACAGGGAAUCACGGGAAAGUUGUCGAAUCUUGUGUAUUAAAAACUUGUUCACAGAAAAUUUCUGCCUGUAGUCAGUACGGUGGUGAUUUAUACAAUUCAACGAGAGAGGGUACCGGUCAGAAUUUCGUGGAUGAAGACAGUCAGAGUAAGUUCGUUACUGAAACUCAAGUGAAAAGGUUGAAGAGAGCUUUAGUAGAUUAACCACAAUCAAGUAAUAUCUCGAGUGAUGCAGCACCUCUGUGAAUGUGCGACUAUAAAAAGAAACCAUCGAGAUAUUCUUUUAGCCUCCCAUAUUGAUAUUGUAUUAGAGAGACCAAAGCGAAUGCUGCUGAGACUUUUCUUUUGGAAGAUGACUACAGUGACAAGAAAGAUUGUUAGCUUUUGAUUUCUCCUCUAAAUGUCGACGUAUUUGAAGGGGAAAAAAUGCUAGGGCAGAUCUCGGUUAUCUGAAGGGAUACGAUCGGAGAUAGUUUUACGUAGUAUGAAAUCAUGGGCCAUAUAGGCUUUAUGGUAGUACCGGAAUUUUUGCAUUAACAAGAACUUCAUCUGUUAAUUUGUUUGAUUUCGAGAUGGGACGUAGAUACAUAUGCAAAAGAAAGAUGCAUAUGUAGAUGCAUAUU